CGAAAAAAGACCUUCCAUUUGGUUCGUUCCAGUCCAUCCCUCUGACUGGUAAGUCACCACUUACCUCGACCACCAAAUGAUAUCACAUGGCACUAACAAUCGCUCUUUGAACCCAAUUUUUGUCUAUCGCGCUUCUCUUCUUCCUCUUUGAACCAUUUUCAAUUGGAGAACUCACGUACAUACUCAAGGUGCUUUACGUCUAUCGAGUUCGGUCUGAUCAAUACCAAUCCGCCCGACCUCAUAUCUUUGCCUGGGCGUAGCGCAUCGCAUAUCAAUCAUCCUUGACAAUGGACGCAGAAAUUCAUCCAGAGAUGAGACCAUCGUUCACUUUCCCUUCGCCUCAAGUCAGAGUCGACCAACAUGACGAUGGCUCUGGCGAUAAACCUCCCCCACCACUCGUCCAUCACCUGACGGAACCGACAGAAGUUCUUCAUUUCUCGAGUCCUCUCCGGCAUCACAAGAGAACCCCAAGCGCCCAUCGAGAAGUCAAGGAAACUCUUGAUGCGCAGACGCAGUUUGGGGAUGAGGAUGCUGAUGGCUGCUCCCACCAUCGAGUAAACCAGUAUACAAUCUUGGACGAAAUCGGCAGAGGUUCUUAUGGCGCUGUUCAUCUUGCAAAGGACCAAUUCGGAAAUGAAUAUGCCGUGAAAGAGUUCUCCAAGGCUCGACUCAGAAAACGUCUCCAAUCCACGAUCCUCAGGCAGGGUCCUCGAGGCCCAAGGCGUAUGGGCCCUGGCGGUCGAGAUCCCUUCAAUUCAGUGCACCGGGUCAAAGACUCCAAUGAUGCCCUCCACCUCAUUCGAGAGGAAAUUGCCAUUAUGAAGAAACUAAACCACCCCAAUCUAGUACAGCUCUAUGAGGUUCUUGAUGACCCCGAGGAAGAUUCCAUCUAUAUGGUCCUAGAGAUGUGCCGAAAGGGUGUCGUUAUGAAGGUCGGCCUUGACGAACAUGCCAAUCCCUACCCUGAGGAAAACUGCCGCUUUUGGUUCCGAGACCUUAUAUUGGCCAUUGAGUAUCUUCAUGCUCAGGGUGUCAUCCACAGAGACAUCAAGCCAGAUAACCUGCUCUUAUCUGACGAUGAUGUGCUCAAGGUCGUUGAUUUUGGAGUUUCUGAGAUGUUUGAAAAACCCGAAAAUAUGAGAACAGCAAAAUCUGCAGGAUCACCCGCCUUUCUCCCCCCUGAACUUUGUGGGAAGCAUGGUGACGUGUCGGGCACCGCUGCUGAUAUUUGGUCCAUGGGAGUUUCGCUCUACUGCCUCAAGUAUGGGCGCAUUCCAUUCAACCGUGACGGCGUCUUGGACAUGUACGACGCUAUCAGGACCGAUGAACCUUCCAUCCCCGAGGACGAGAACCCGGACUUUGUUGACCUCAUGCAGAAGCUACUCAACAAAGACCCGGAGCAACGCAUAAGCAUGGACAAACUUCGAGAGCACCCCUGGGUCACCAAGCAGGGUACGGACACUCUCCUCUCCGCUGAAGAGAACUGUGCCAACAUGGUGGAACCUCCAAAUGAGCUUGAGGUUAACCGUGCCUUUACUCGCAAGAUGAAUCACCUUCUUUGCGUCAUGAAAGCCAUCCAUCGCUUCAAGUCCAUUCUGGCCAAACAUCGGGCCAGAUCUAACAGUAGCCCGCGUAAAGACGGCGAAGGCACCCUUGACGCGUCCCAGGAAAGGGCAAAGGCAGAGGUGAUCGAGGCGUUGCUGUAUCAGCGGCGCAAGUUUCUGAAUCAAAAGAGUGAUGAAGGCAGCCAAAUCCCGCCAAUCCACGAAACUGUGGGAAACAAUACCCCAUUCUUGGGAAUCGGCACUGGAACAAUGGACGAGUUCGCUUCCAAUGAGGCUACUCCAGAUAUGGUGUCCGAUUCGCCAACGGCAGUUGACUUCAACGUGUAUGACCGAGCGUAUGAAACUGCUAUAGAGAACAUCACGUCUGGCCGGAAUGAUUCUUCAAGAGGACCGACAGUAUAUUUGACCAAGUUAGUCAAAGAGACACAAAAACUGAAGGGGGUCCCUGGGCUCACCGGGAGUGACGACUUCUCCGAGAAUUCAGAUGGCCUACAGAAAUCGGGGCCCGCAGCCAAGCUUUCGCACCUCACAUCCAAGCUUGACCUCUCAGGGAAGCAAUAAGAACAAAGUUGGGACUUGAUAUAGGGAAUAAAGCUACACCUUCGGGUAAGGCUACGCGUUUGGAAAGCACGUUGUACCAUUAUGGCGCUGCGAGUGACAAUAACAUGACUGGUAGUGGUGGAUCAAAUGCGGUGGACUGUUUUAGAAGCUCAGUGAUAACGAUACCACAAGAGAUACAUAUGAGGAAGCAUGCUCAUCGUGUAACACGACUGCUGGAUGCAACCGGGGUGAUAUUCCGAAGUAAAGCAAACAUCCUCAUGUGUAGCAGUGAGUAGUAGUAGUAGUGUGAACUGCGGGCCAGUAUGAGUAGCGGUGCAGCUGACAGAUUUGGAGCCUCAGCAACUCGACCACAUGAAACAAAG